CUAGAAAAAACAAAAAACAUUUGUUGAACAUUGAAUAUUUAUUUAAUUUUCCAAUAAACCACUGCCACUUAAUCCUUAAUGAUGUCAUAUUUGGCUAACUUCAAUAAUGAGAAUGCCAAACAAAUUCUCAUGGACAUUAUACGUUGUGUGAAUCAGCCGGAAAACUCGAAAAAACUUUCUGAAGCAAAGGCCUCCGCUGGGAAAGAAAUGAUUCUUAUGAUGCAGCAUGUGUUUCCACUGGUAAUGCAGCUCCAGCUGGAGGUAAUCAAGGGUCACGGCUUUCCGGGAAACCGCGAGGGAUUGGUUCAGUUCUCGCAGCUCAUCCGGGAAAUGGAACGAGAUGACAUGGAGAUUGCGCGCCUGCGCAGUCAGAUCCGAGCUAUAUACCUGCCACCCAUAGCUAUAAAUACUACCAACGAUAUUCUAAUUUAAGAAGAGUAUCUAUCCCAAAACAAGACUGCAAUAACUGCCUGCUUAGGCUAUCACUUAUUAUGUAUUAUUGACUUCAAUCCUCUUUGAAAUUCUUUAAACAGCCCCAUGUAAUAGACUUAAGUUUCACUUUCUUAUAAAAAGCAUUUCUUUUAA